AUGUUAUUGAAGACCUUACAUAGGGCUUUUAACUAUGACAAGAAUUUUCCUGCAAAUGCUUAUGAAGCAAAAAAAUACACAAAAGCACUAGGGUUAGAUUAUGUAAAGAUUGAUGCUUGUGUUAACCAUUGUAUUUUGUUUCGAAAAGAAUUUGCGAAUGAAGAAAAAUGUCCUAAAUGUGUAGCUCCUAGAUGGAAGGAGAAAGUCGUGCAAGGUGGUGAUGAGUAUUCAGAUGGCGAGGAUGUCCAAAAGACAACUCGAGUUCCUCAACUGAUCUUGCAUCAUUUCCCCUUAAUUCCACGACUACAAAGGAUGUUUAUAUCUUCCAAGUUAGCAAGACAUAUGCGAUGGCAUAAAGAUGAUAAGAAGGAUGAUGGGAUAAUGAGACACCCUGCAGAUUCAGAAGCAUGGAAGUCUUUGGACAAAACAUUUCCAGACUUUGCUAAAGAUGCACGUAAUGUACGAUUGGGUUUAGCUAGUGAUGGGUUUAAUCCUGGAGCUAACAUGAGUAGUAGAUAUAGAGAUGAUAUAGAUGUAUUUUUGCAACCUCUAGUAGAUGAACUUAAUGAACUGUGGGAGUUUGGGGUAAAAACGUUUGAUGCCUAUGCGAAAGAGACUUUUAAUAUGCGAGCGGUGUUGUUAUGGACCAUUAAUGACUUUCCAGCUUAUGCUAAUUUAACAUCGAAGGUGGUACCAAUCGAUCACAAAUGGAGGCUUAAUAGGAGCUCCUUUGGUGGUAAGGUACAAAGGGGUCCUCCUCCAGUUCCUCUAAUGGGGUUUGAUGUUUUGGAGCAAUUAAAUGGAUACUCAAAUAUGGAGUUUGGAAAAGCUUCUAAGGGAAAACGCAAGAGAGGUGAAAGAUAUAUUGUGCAUCAAUGGAAAAAACGUAGUGUCUUUUUCCAAUUACCUUAUUGGAGACAUCUCUUGGUUCGACACAACUUGGAUGUGAUGCAUGUGGAAAAGAAUGUGUGUGAAAGUAUAUUAGGCACAAUGCUUGAUUUACCGGGAAAGAAUAAGGACUCUUUAAAUGCCCGACUAGACUUAAUAGACAUGAAAAUGCAUGAUAAGCUACGUCCAAAGUCACUUGGGAAUGAUAAAUGGCAAGUCCCACCAGCACCUUACAACUUGACUUUGAGUGAAAGGAGAAAAAUAGUCACAUUUCUAUCCAAAUUAGCUUUUCCAGAUGCUUAUUCAUCAAAUAUUUCAAGGUGUGUCUCCUUGCACGAUGGGAAGGUAGCAGAACUAGAGAAGAUGGAAAUGAAUAUAGCAAUCACCUUAUGUAAGCUGGAGCGCGUAUUCAUUCCUGCCUUCUUUGAUGUAAUGAUACAUCUCCCGAUUCACUUGGCUACUGAGGCUAGAAUGGCAGGUCCUGUACAUUAUCGUUGGAUGUAUCGCUUUGAAAGGUCAGUUGUUAGUAGUUAUGGUUAUCAUAGGAUUGUAUACAUGUAG